AUGUCCAACGAGUACAAUUACGACGCCGACGCGCAGUUCUUCCCCUUCUUCGUCCUGACCGUCUCCUCCUUGGUCACGCUCCCCUUGACAUACUCCCUCCUCCGCACGCCUACCGAUGUCACCGCACAAAACAAGGCCGGCCACAUCAGCUCCUCCUUCAAACCCAACGAUGCCGACAUCAUCGACACCCAGCGCGCAAAGCAGAAGCGUAAGGAGCUUCGUCUCAAGCGCAUGCUCACAGCCGCCACCGGAUGGCUGCUCAUGGCCUACAUGGUCUACCUCAUGAUUGUGACCGCGCGCACCCAGCCCAAGAUUUGGAAUCCCUACGAUAUUCUGGAUAUCGGCAUGUCUGCGACCGAGAAGCAGAUCAAUUCGAGAUACAGGAAGCUUUCCACGACGAUGCAUCCGGACAAGAGGAGGCCGAAUCCUGCACUGAAUGAGACGGCGGAUAGUAUCAAUGACCAGUGGGUGGAGAUUGUCAAGGCGUACAAGGCGCUCACGGAUGAGGAGAUCAGGAACAACUUCAUUCAGUAUGGAAACCCGGAUGGCAAGCAGAGCACUAGCUUUGGUAUUGCAUUGCCACAGUUCUUCAUCGCUGAGGGCAGUGGCAAGUUCGUGCUGGCUUUCUACGGAAUUCUGCUGGGUGUCGGCCUUCCUUACCUCGUGGGCAAAUGGUGGUACGGCAUGCAGAAGGUCACACGAGAGCGAGUGCUGGUCACCACUGCUGGGAACAUGUUCAAAGAGUUCAACGAGCGCAUGGAUGCUGGAGAUGUCAUGUCUGCUGUCAGCAGUGCACUGGAAUUCAAGGAUAUUCUGCACGGGACGAAGGCUGACACUGGACUUGGCAAAGUUGAGAACAAGCUGAGCUCGUCAGAGGAAACAUCUACUGCUAUGCUGCCUAAGGAUAAGGCGAAGCUGAAGGAUCUUGAAGACCCUGCGAGAAGGAAGACGCUUGCGUUGCUGUGGGCAUACUUGACUCGAUUGGAUCUGGACGACAAGACACUUGAAGCUGAGAAGUACGAGCUUCCACCUACUGCUCUGCAAAUGAACGAGGCCUUCAUCUCGAUCUGUUUGGCGUAUGGCAUCACCGCUCCUGUCAUGGCCUCAUACCAUUUGAGCCAAAGUCUCGUCCAGGCAGUUCCACCGACCAAGGUUGGACGUGCUCCACUGCUUCAACUUCCACACUUCACCUCUGGCAUUGUACGCGAGAUUGAGUCUACUGCCAACACCAAGAAAGAGCACAUGACCGUCCAGUCGUUCAUGGCUUUGCCUGCUGAACAGCGUCAAGCCCUGGCUCAAGCUGCUGGUCUUACCAAUGACCGUCUCAAAGUUGCUGAGAACGUCGCGCGGCAAUUACCCUAUCUCAAGGUGGAGAAGGCUUGGUUCAAGGUGCAGGGCGAGAAACACAUCAUCCCCUCGUCGUUGGUGCAGUAUGUCGUGAAAGCUCGAUUCAUCCCUCCAGGCACACCAGCAUCCAGCAUUCCGCCCGUGGACGAAAAGGAUUUGCUUGAUGUUGAUCCCGCCGAAGGCGAUAUCAAAGCACAGAAGAUCGAACCCGAACAACAUCAUGUACCGUUCGCGCACGCACCAUACUUUGCUCGCGACCGAUCACCAAAAUGGCACGUCUUCCUUGCCGAUAACCGACAAGGAAAGAUUGCAGUGCCGCCGUUUACUUUCACCACCUUCGAUAAGAAGCCGUUUGAUGUCGAUGGAACCCCUACUUUCAAUGUCGUUACUUUGAAGAUGCAGUUCGCUGCACCGCCACAGCCUGGCGAGUACAAGUUCCAAAUGCAUCUGUUCUGCGACAGCUACAUUGGCUUCGACCACAAGCAAGAGGCUAAUCUGAUGAUUGAGGAUGCUGCAAAGGCUGCGGCGGUGGAAGUUGAUGAUAUCUCGGAGCCUGAAGAGGACUCUAUUGCAGGCCAAAUGGCUGCUCUCCAAGGCAAGCCAACUGCUGAUGCUAACCGCCCCCGCCGAUCCAAGAGGCAGCUCGAGGAGGCGGCCAGAAAGGAGAAGGGCGAGGACGAUGAAAGUGACUACGAAAGUGGCACUGACGAUGAAGACCAAGAAGAGGAAAGCGAGACUGACACCGACACGGACUCUGAGGCUGAAGACGAGAAGUCGAAGAAGUCUGGCUGGUGGUAA